GUAGAUGAAGAGUUUGAAGAUGAGGAUGAUCAGUCCAAGAAUGAGUUUGACGAUUUCAAAAAAUGGUUGGACAGUGCGGUUGAAUCUCCUAUGCCCAGUGAUGCCCCUCUGACUGCUGUGGAUGAGAAGUGUGGCAAAUGUGCUUCGAUCCAACAGCGCGUGCAGGAGCUCCGAGCUCACAUUGCCAAGCAGUUUGCGGAGAAGAGGGCUGAAGCGCUUGCAA